AUGCUCUUGCCCUCUAAGAAGGACCUCAAGACCGCCCUGGAGGUCUUUGCUAUUUUCCAGUGAGCCCUUAGUAUCUUGGUUAUCGUAACCACAGUAAUCGUUGUCAACCUCUACCUGAUAGCAUUCACACCAUACUGGCCUGUCAUUGUGCUCAUUCUUGCUUGGCUGGCUGUUGACGGGAAGACUCCUGAGCAAGGUAGCCGCCGGUUUACUUGUGUGAGGCAUUGGUGCCGAUAGAAACAGUACUGUGAUUACUUUCCACUCAAGCUUUUGAAAAGUCAUGACAUCUCCCCCUGCCACAACUACAUCCUUGUCUGCCACCCUUAUGGGCUCAUGUCCCAUUCAUGCUUUGGCAACUUCACCACAGAGGCCUCAGGCUUCUCCAAGGUCUUUCCCGGCAUCACCCCUUAUGUGCUCACACUGGGACCCUUUUUCUGGGUCCCUUUCCUCAGAGACUAUGCCAUGUCAACAAGGGUCUUCUCUGUGAGCCAGUCCUCUACAGACUAUCUGCUUACCCAAAAGGGCACAAGCAACAUGCUGGUUGUGGUAGUCAGUGGCCUGGUUAAGUGCACAUACAGCUUGCCAGGAUCUACCACACUGUUCUUGAAGAACCGGACUGGGUUUGCAUGCAAGGCCCUGCAGCAUGGGGUGGCUCUAAUCCCUGCCUAUGCCUUUGGAGAGGUAGACCUCUACCAUCAGCACAUUUUCUCUCCUGGGGGCUUGGUCAGUUGCUUCCAGAAAUGGUUCCAGAGUGUGAUGCACAUCUACCCUUGUGCUUUCUAUGGGUGUGGCUUCACUGAGAACUCCUAGGGCCUUCUACCCUAUGCCCGGCGUGUAACCACCAUUGUCAAGGAGCCUCCACCAGUGCCCAAGAUAGAGAAGCCAAGCCAGGACGUGGUGGACAAAUACCACACACUCUAUAUGGAAGCCCUGCACACUGACCAGCACAAGACCCAGUUUGGCUGCUCAGAGACCCAGGAGCUAGUGAUAGUUUGACAGACAUACCCAGCAGCUGUUGAGCCUGGCUGGAAGGUGUGGAACUGUAAACACAGGGACAA